UUCUUCUGAAGAAAGGAACAAUCACAAAAUUGAAAUUGAAUUGGGUGCGAAGGGAAAUGUUGCAAACCCUAGGAGGCGUAAGCUUCCGCUUGGUGAAUCGGUCAUGGCUGAGAAGCAUGACGGCGCGUGCAUUCUCUUCCUUCUCCGAUUAUGGAGACCAAUCACGCGGUGGCCUUCCCCGCUUCUACUCCGAGACUCUUCCUCCUUCCAAGGGUAGUGUUAUACGCGUGCAAGGUGAUGAGUUCUGGCAUAUGACAAAAGUAUUGAGGUUGAGCACCAAUGAUAGGGUACAGCUCUUCAAUGGGAAAGGAGGUCUUGUAGAAGGAUGCAUACAGAACAUUGACCGCACUGGGCUUGAUUUUGUUGCAUUGAGUGAUUUGAUAUCAAUGCCUCCACAAAAUACACAAUUGCACGUAUUUGCUGGUUUUGGUACUCUAAAGGGUGGCCGUGCUGACUGGCUUGUAGAGAAGUGCACAGAACUUGGAGCCAAUAGUGUAACUCCUCUAUUGACUGAACGUUCUCCAACAAUCUCAGAAAAUCGGGUGGACAGAUUGGAACGUGUCAUUUUAGCUGCAUCUAAACAAUGUCAACGACUUCAUGAAAUGGUCCUGAAACAUCCUAUAGAGGUUGAUGACCUUUCGCACCUUAUUGCACAGUCAAAGCUAUCUCUUCUCGCAACCGCAAAGGCAAUUCCUGUUCUUAGUGCAUUGACGUCAUUGGAAAAGGAAACUAGUGGCUUAAUCAUAAUUGGACCAGAAGGCGAUUUCACUGAGAAAGAAGUGAGUAUGAUGAUGGAAGCAGGUGCUACAACUGUUAGUCUUGGACCUCAUCGUCUUCGGGUUGAAACUGCCACGAUAGCGCUUUUGGCAACUGUCAUGUUAUGGUCUGACAAGCAGCAAACUUCAGUUGAUUCCCCGCUGUAGGUAGGUCAGGCAUGCUUAUGUUUCAGAAACAAAAUACGUAGUAAAUAUUUUUUGUUUUAUUUGUCUGAGGUACUCCUUAUUUCCUUCCUAUAUCUAUGACACUUUUAAAAAAAAAAUCGUCCUUUUUAUAAGAUAUUUUUGAAAUUGUCUUUUGCAUUAA